CUCAGUUCAGCCAAGUUGUCGGCAAGAGGAAAUUCUGCAAGUCAUGGUGGGCCAUUCAAAGCGAGAGGGGAGUGACAACCACAUAGAGAUCUAAGGGAAUAAAUGCGUAGUUAGUUGGAAGUGACUGAUGACAGUGGCUGUUUAUGCAUGUAGAGGCAUUCGGAGUCAUUUGUCAGUAAACUCUUCCUCAGCUUGGUGAACUUUGAAAGUGCAUGCUUGCAAAUAUAUAAGCUGGCUAUUAUUUGGGUGAAAAAAAAGACAACAAAAGAGGAUUUAUCUUCACCUUUAGUCCUGUUUUAUUAGAAGCACAUGACUGUGAAACAAAGCGAGCAUCCUUUUAUCUUGUCUCAGCUUUCGAUUUUCUAUCAUAUACAAGGCUGACCAUAACCUUAAUUGGGUUUGACAUUUGUUUGUGUGUAUUUUUUUUGUUUUUGCUUUUUAGUUCCUUUUUAAGUUUUUUUUUCUUUUUUGUUCCUUUGCAAAGAAAUGCUUUACUUGAAAAAGUACUUCACAGAGGGUCUUAUUCAGUUCACUAUCCUCCUGAGUCUAAUUGGGGUACGGCUGGACUUGGACACUUAUUUAAACAAUCAGCUCCCCCCACUCCGUGAGAUCAUCCUGGGCCCCAGCUCGGCCUACACCCAGACGCAGUUCCACAAUCUCCGUAACACCCUGGACGGCUAUGGCAUCCAUCCUAAAAGUGUGGACCUGGACCAUUUUUUCACCACUCGUCGGCUUCUGAACCAGGUGCGCUCCCUGGAUCAUCUGCGUGUGCCCAGCACCGAGCUGAGUGCCUGGCUGGUGCAUCGUGACCCUGAGACUGUGGUUUCGGCAACCAGUCAGUCUGGCCCCAGCAUUGCCCUGGACAAUGGGGGCAGCCUGGAGGACGUGAACAACUCCGAAGCCUCGGCAAUGAGAGGGACUGGCGGUGCUUCUGAGACCACUUACAGCCUCAGCGGAGAGGACAGCCUGGGAGCCGUGGCCCCUGAGGACAGUCAGGAGCAAGGGGAGAGAGAGAGCAGCGACGACCUCUCCAAAGAGGACAUUGACCUCAUAGACAUCCUAUGGAGGCAGGAUAUUGACCUUGGUGCUGGCCGAGAAGUAUUUAACUAUAGCAGUCGGCAGAAGGAGAGUGAGGCUGAUAAACCUAAUGAAGAGAACGAGGAGGCAGGUGGAAGAGAGCAAAGCUGGAGAAAUGGACGUAAUCUCCAAGCAGUGCAGAGCCUAACUCAUGUUGAUGGAGAGACAGGAGAGAGCAUACCUGCGGAGCUUACCAGUCUCGGUGCUCAGACUUCAUUAUCCCUGCAGGAAUGUCUGAGGCUUCUGGAGGCCACCUUUCCAUUUGGAGAAGAGCCAGAGUUCCAGGCCACUGAACCCACUUCACAGCUGAGAGCUUCAACUGAGGAAACACCUUCAACAUCACAAGGGAUCCCUCUACAAGCCCCUGUGUCUCAGUCUGAUACACCUCUAGACCUGGAGCAGCAGUGGCAGGACAUAAUGUCAAUAAUGGAACUGCAGGACAUGGAGGUGAACAAUACAGCAGUAAAUGUCACCAUGAAUAAUGACCCCAAUAACAACAAUGCCAGCACCACCGAAUCAGCCACAAUAGGAAGUUUUGAACUCCCACGGUCCACUCUCAUUAACCAGGAUGUUAGUCUCCACCAGGCUUCGCUUCCCAGUUGCAGCCAGGACUUUCCCACACUCUUCAACCCCGAGCUGGAUUCCACCAGGGUACAGCGGCCUACUUUAGUCAGGCUCUCUUCUAGCAACUCCUCCAACAUCAAUUCAACAUUUGGAGCUACUAACUUGACCGGACUCUUUCUUCCACCACCUCUAAACAGUACUACAAACCUAACCACCACUCCGGUGCUGCCAGAUCCAUUUUCCAGUCUGUUGGAAGAGUCUAUGCUGGAUGAAAUUAGCCUGCUGGACCUUGCGAUGGAAGAGGGUUUCAGCCAAGACCAGGCUUCUCAGCUCGAGGAUGAGCUCGAUUCCGACUCAGGUCUUUCACUGGACUCCAGCCAUAGCCCAGCCUCACCUAGCAACUCCGAGACAUCCUGCUCGUCAGCUGCAUCAUCUUCAUCCACCUCUGCUACGUUCUCGGAGGAAGGAGCUGUGGGCUACAGCACCGAUUCAGAGGCGGCCACAGCAGAAGCGGAGGAAGGAGCCGUCGGGGGCUACCAACCAGAGUAUAGCAAGCUGUGCCGCAUGAGUUACCAAGAUCCAUCUCAGUUCCAUGGCAUACCGCAGUUGGAAAAUGUCAAUCACAACCACACCUACAAUCUUCCACUGGCAUCAUCCUACUCUGAGCGUUCUCAGCUGUCCGCAUCCUGCAGCAAGAAAGGCAGAGACAAGCAAAUGCAGCAGACGAAGCUCCAGCCACCACAAGACUGUGUUGACAGGCAGUCUAGCCGUGAUGAACGUAGGGCGAGGGCCAUGGACAUCCCGUUCUCCAAUGACAAGAUCAUUAACCUCCCCGUCGAGGAGUUCAAUGAGCUUCUGGCCAAGCACCAUCUCAACGAGGACCAGCUCUCGCUCAUUCGCGACAUCCGCCGCCGCGGAAAGAACAAAAUGGCGGCGCAAAACUGCCGUAAACGCAAGCUAGACACCAUCCUGAAACUCGAGCAGGGCGUGCAAGACCUGCAACGCGAAAAAGCUCAGCUGCUGAAGGAGAAGAUGGAGUACUGUAAGUGCAUCAGACAGACGAAGCAGAAGGUUCAAAGUCUUUCCCAGGAAUUGUUCGCACAGCUGCGGGACGAGGAAGGCAGACGCUACUCGGCCAGCGAAUACUUUUUGCAGUACGGCCCUGAUGGCGUUCUUCUCAUGCCUCGUAACAUGACCACAGAACAAAGCAACAAGUCCGACAAGAAGCAGAAGGACAAAAAGAAGUGAGGAACUCGAACUGUUGCCCUUUUAUUUUUCGCGAAGGCACUACCAUACAAAGUAUUUCGAAAGGCAAAGGAAGCCUUUUUCUUUGAGACGAUUCUAGCAAGGAAAAGAAAAUUGCAUCAUUGGUUACUCUUCCUGCAUUGGGUUUUCUUUGUUCCUUUUUGGUUCAGAAGUUUUCUCCUGAAAGCGGCAUUAAAGCAGACGUGCUUUAUGUAGUACUGAUUUCUCAUUGAUGUACAGAAAGAUGCAAGCGAACGGGAUACUUUCAGAUGCCAACUGAAAGAACUGUCCAGAACGUGAGGUCAUGGAGGACACCAACAAAAUGUUCUUAAUUGAAAGAACUGUUCGGUAAUGCUCCCAAAAAUGUAGUCGAUGACAAUAAUACACCAUACUAAGAUGACGUUGACCACAAGGAUGCAAAAAUUGUUACAUUUUCAGCAUUAGCGCAUGCUGUGUGUUUGUGAGUACCCUGGGAUUUCAUUGGUGGGUGAGAAGCAGAACCCCUGAGAGCUGGUAGAAGAAGAGUCUACUGAACGCUAGAAGUGAAGCCAAAAGAAACUACAGGCAUGCCAAUACUAACCAAAGGUUGUGUUGUUCCCAUAACGAAUCAUACAGGUCACUCUUUGGAUCCAAAUUCACGUUUUCACUUUAAAAAAAAAAAGAAUAAGUUUGUUAGUCUCACUGGACCGCAAACCUGGAGGGUCAAUGCCAUUUACCAAGGAACUUGGACGGCGAAACGAAUCGCGCUAAUGAGUGAGUUGGAAUUUAGCUUUGGCUUGAUGAAAAGCAUUACAGAUGGAGGAUGGAUACACACUGCAUUAUUACUAAUAAAUCAGCUUCUGUACCCUUUUCAGCACUGUAAAUCAACACUGUAGUUUGCCUAUAAGCUUUUUUCCUCUUCUGCUGGGGAAAGGGUCUCUCAGGCCUUUCUGUCAGCUUUUAAUGUAACUCUCUCCCAUGUGCAUAAACUUUUUAAUAAGCCAUCAGACACGGACACUUGAGUGGCAUCAGUGCAGUUUGCUCCUGAAUCAUGUGAUUGAGUCUGGUGUGUCUUGGUAUACAGGAUUCAUUGAAACGAACCGAGUCGUUUGCUUUUAAAGUUCAUAAUGUUUAGCCUUUGUUGCAGGUCAAAAUGCUCUGUUGCUACUGCAGCUCAUGCUAGUGGCUUUUGUCUGGUGCAGUGGAGGAACGUUAAGAGAUGCUUUUGUUACAGUUGUACUGUCAUUUGAAAAAGGAAUUAAAAUUCUCACCAAAAUAUACGAAUAGUAGCAGGCAUAGGUCGUUAUUACAUUUAAACUACAACUUCUCAUUAGCUGCGUCAGUGUCUUAGCUUUGAUGUGACGUGAACCUGACUUUUUUUCUUUUACCCAAUACACUACUUUUAGUAAAAGUACCUUCAUUGCUAAUUGAGUGAAGCCAUGAAUGGUCUCCUGGCAAAUUAAAGCAGUUAAGCUUGUGCCAAUAACCAACUGGAUCGUGCUUUACUGCAGCCUGAGGAUACAGCUGACUUUAUACACUGACAUAUCAAUGAAUGGGUAGAAAAAACCCGUAACACUGGUGUGAAUGUCUAAUUUACAUGUUGUUCAUCUUCAUCCUGUUCUGUCAGUCUCUGUUGCUUCCAUCUACACUGUUCAUAUAGCACCAUGAGACACAGUCAGUGUCCGUUUUGGUGUGACAUGAAUAAAUAUGCAAGACAUGGUAAUUUUUUGUCUCAGAAAUGGAAAAGAGACUAUCUUUAUGUUACUGGUUACAAAUACUUAGCAUAGUUGGGGUAGAGAUAAUGAAAAAAGAUGAGCGAUUUGUUCACUUCGAUUAACUUUGAAUCCCUGUUACACUGUCAUAACUACUUGCCAUUAAGCACUGUUGUGUUUCGUUCGUCUCGUUCGGUUUGUAAAUAUUUUUGUGUUCUGUAUGUCUCUUGUCCUAAUUGCUUGGUUUAGCCAGGCCUUUUUGCACCUCCUUUGGAUUUGCCUGUUCAGAGUAUUCCUAUAUGAUUUAUGUUGAGAGAUUUGCUGGCAAUCUGGAAUUGUUCUUUUAUUAAUUAUAAUAAACAUUUGUUUCAUUUC